AAUAUAAUAUUCUCUAUCAAUAAUGUCUUCUCUUUCCGAUGUUUCUUCAUUAUAUGAAAAACAGUACUAAGAAGACCAAAUUUGAUCUUAACUCUUUCAUCUAAUCUAUCAAUGGUUGUGGAAAUAUCUUUCAUUUUUUUAUGUGUACUCACUUUGACUUUAUCUUUUCUCCUCUCAAAGUUUCUCUCAAAAAGUCAAACAAAAAAUGUUCCAAAAGGGUCUUUGGGGUACCCUAUUAUUGGAGAGACACUUGGUUUUCUUAAAGCACAGAGGAAAGACAAGGGCUCAGAGUGGAUAGAAGAAAGAGUAUCAAAGUAUGGUCCUGUCUUCAAAACAUCCUUAUUGGGUUCUCCUACUGUGGUUAUUAUUGGACAAGAAGGAAACAAGUUUGUUCUUGGUUCCUCGGAGGAUGUUUUAUCAGCUAAAAAACCCCUCACCCUUCAAAAGAUACUUGGAAAGCAAAGCUUAAUUGAGCUCACAGGAUCAAGGCAUAGGUUGAUCAAGGGUGAAAUGUUGAAAUUCUUGAAACCUGAAUGCCUUCAAAACUAUGUCAAAAAGAUGGAUGAAUUAGUGAACACAGUAUUAUUAAGCAAAUUGAAAGAGAAUAAAACAAUUAAAGUUGUAGGGUUGAUGAAGAAACUAGCCUAUAAUAUGGCUUGCAAUAUAUUAUUUGACAUUAAAGAUGAACACACAAGAGAGGCUUUGUUUGAAGAUUUUAUCACAUCAUUUAAAGCAAUUCAUUCACUUCCAAUCAAUUUCCCUGGCACCUCAUUUUGGAGAGGCCAAAAAGCAAGAGCAAGAAUUGUGGAAAAAAUACUUCCUAUUAUGAACAAAAGAAGAGAGGAACUUUCAAAGGGACUUCUAAGCUCUACUAAUGAUAUGCUUUCUUGCCUUCUUGCAAUAAGGGAUGAAAAUCAUCAACCUCUAGAUGAUGACAUAAUUACUGACAAUUUUAUUUUUCUAUUUGUUGCUAGUAAUGAUACAUCUGCUACUCUUAUGAGCUUGAUGAUAUGGAAGUUGUCUAGAGAUCAAGAGGUUUACAAUAAAGUUUUAGAAGAACAAAUGGAAAUUUUAAAGCAAAGGGAAGGAAAUGAAGAGAGGCUAACAUGGGGAGAGAUACAAAAGAUGAAAUACACAUGGAGGGUUGCUCAAGAAUUGAUGAGGAUGAUCCCUCCUUUGUUUGGUGGAUUUAGGAAAGCACUUAAAGAUACUAGUUACCAAGGAUAUCACAUACCAAAAGGGUGGCAGGUAUAUUGGCCAUCAUGUGGAACGCACAUGGACAAAGAGAUAUUUGAGAAUCCACAAAAGUUUGAUCCAUCUCGAUUUGAAAAUCCAAGCAAGCCAAUCCCUUCCUAUUCUUACCUUCCAUUUGGUGCAGGGAUUCAUUAUUGCAUAGGAAAUGAGUUUGCAAGAGUUGAAACCUUAACCACCAUUCACAAUUUUGUGAAGAUGUAUGAAUGGUCUCAAUUGAAUCCAGAGGAAACAAUUACUCGUCAACCAAUGCCAUAUCCAUCUUUGGGUCUCCCAAUUAAGAUCAAACCAAGAUGUAAUAUUUCGUAAACUCCAUUGUCUUGUCCUUUGUAGUUGCUGUUGUGAUUGUUAUUAUCUUUCUUGUAAUUUUUCAUAACAUUUUUAUGUCUAAGUAUUGUUCGUAAUAUAUCCUAGUUUAACCGAUAAAACGCCGAUAAAACGUCGAUAUUCUUAGGUUGAAAAUUAUGUAUCGGGUUUGAACUCAAUAUCUUACAUUUGUUUGUGAAUUUCUAGUAAUAUUUAUCAUUUUAAUA